UCUAUGUUUUUCGGCAGAGCCUGGCAAUGCUUGCCUAUUGAUGUCAGCCAGGCAAUAGCAAACUUAAUAUUUGCUUCCUCAAGAUGUGGUGACCUGCCAGAGCUACACAUGCUGCGAAGCCUGUUUAAGAUUCGUUAUGGAAGCAAAUUUGAGACUACCAAUGUUGAAUUAUUGCCUGGAAAUCUUGUGGAUUCUAAGAUGAAACAGAACUUAUCUGUGAAUUCAGUGCCAGAGGAUGUAAAGCUAUGGCUAAUAAACGGAAUCUCUUAUGAGUACAAUAUUCAUCUGGGAUUUCAGGACUUUGGGCAUAGUUUCAGACCACAAUGGCAGGAGAAAGCUGAAGUUUUGGAUUUGGACAUCCAAGAUAUUUGCAGUGACAGCGAUGAGAGUUCCAUACCGUCUUCAAAACCCAGGACACCAACAACAACAAAGUCACUUUAUAAUGAUAUGGACAGAAGCAGUACUGAUAGUCUGGGUAGAAGUCAUAUCAAGACUAAAAAAAAUGAAGUUUUAAUAAGAAAUCUUGAAGCAUCAGCAACUAGCACUUCAUCUUAUGGUACCCUCCCGAUUCAUCAGACAUCUUUUAUCUAUCUUGAUGAUAUGGAAGUGAAGUCUUUGAGUCAAGGUCACAGCAGCAGUAAGAAAGCUCCUAGAAGUGUGGUAGACUCCUGGAAUAGCAGUACAAGCCCUAGUGUCAGUAACGUGACAAAAAGGCCAGCCAAGCCAAGGUUGGGUAAGAAACCUGUACCUCCUCCCUUGAGCAAUGAUCAUUACCGAAUUUCAGUCAAAGGUCGAAGUUCUUUAGAUAGUUCAAUCGAUGAUUGGAAAGCGCAAAGUGGAAGCUCAUCUAGCUCAAUCCAUGUCCACCCAAAGCUCCCAAACUAUGAAGAUGUAGUAGCUAAAUUUACAGAUAUCAAGGCAGAAUAUAGGCACCGCAAAAGCUUUUAUUAUUGAAAACUUAAAGAGGAUGUAUUGGCUAGACUUCUUGCUAUCACAUUUAUCAGCUGUCUAAUCUAAUGUCUUGUGGACUGUGGUAGGGUUUAAUGAAUAAAAAUGCAAAUCCUUCACACUAUCUAA